ACUGAAAAAUAGUGAAGAUUGUGCAUUCAAAAGAUAACCAUUAACCCUUAAUUCAAAAUCGUUUCCCUUAAGGGUUUAAAAUAAUGACAACAUUAAACCACGAUUAGCUUACUCUUGCAGAUCUCCCAUGACCUGUUAUCACGUAACUAGCUAAAAGAAAAUGAUUUAAUGUUGUCUGAACGGAGUGACCAUGUAGCAACAAUGAUGGUAGCUUUGUUUUUCGUUCUCACUUUAGUAAACCUGCCUCCAACUUUUUCAUAACAUUUUCUAUUGAAUUAGUAUAUUACGACAGAAUUUAAAUGCACGGGAGCUUUUUUUUUUUUGGUUUCUUUUAUUUCAUGUCGCCCCGUUGGUGGAACCUAACGGACUUAAAAUAUCAACUUAAAUUGACCCUGCAGUUUUUGUCAGCGGCUGAAGAUCUUAAAUGUUGUCGCAGGAUCAAAUAGUUCUCCGGCGUCAAUUUACAUACAUCUCUAAUGUGUCGUAUUUGUCUGCUUUCUAUUCUUAUAUUUCUAUUCUUUUUCAAAUUAAACAGACUAAUGCCACAAAUUCCUUCGGAACAAAGUCUUUCUGUCUGUCUGUAAGAAACGAGCUCGCCAGUUAAACUUAUUUAGUAGAGUCAGUUAUGCAAUCAGUCUGCAAAAAUCAGUAUCUUAGAAGACUAAACUCCACUGGAACUGAAAGAUAUCAUCAGCCACAGUCUUCCGAGAACAGCGAGUUCCAAACAGAAUCAGUUCCUCAAAACCAGGCAAAGACCUUCACCGAUCUCAUAAUGAGGGUGCAGAGAAGAGUUCGCCAAGUGCCCCUGGUGUUCUGUUUGAUGAUCCUCACGUCGUAUUUCCAAGCUGGACAAAGCGUAUGGUCGCUCGGUAUUCCACACCAAGUCUAUAUUGUAGGCACAGUGACCUCGGUUUGCGAUGGUAUGGGCUUGACUAAGGGGCAAACGAGGUUGUGCGUGGCGAACCGAGAACUUAUGCCCAGUAUAAGAAAUGGUGCGCGCCUCGCCACUGAGCAGUGCGAGUAUCAGUUUAAGUAUCGACGGUGGAACUGUUCUGUCCCAGAAAGAGACAGUAAAGCACCCUUUCGUCGCAUCACAGGCAAAGGAACACGCGAGGCGGCUUUCACCUACGCCAUAGCAGCUGCUGGAGUCGUCCAUUCCAUAGCCCGCGCAUGCGUAGGAGGCAAUCUCAGUCUAUGCGGUUGUAGCAGAGAACCCAGACCGGAGAACUUGAAGAAAGAUUACCAGUGGGGUGGGUGCGGAGACAAUAUUCUAUAUGGCGCUGAAGUAGCGAAGCAAUUUUUAACCGCUGGUGAAGAACAUAAAUCUAAAGAUUCGAGUAAAAUGGAGAGGACGUUGAUGAAUUUGCACAACAAUGGAGUCGGAAUACAGGUCGUGCAGGCAAAUACUGUAAUCAGGUGCAAGUGUCACGGAGUAACGAGUUCUUGUGAAAUGAAGACGUGCUGGAAAGAGCUCGUCAGGUUUUCUAAGAUUGGACGUAUUCUCACGACGAAGUAUGAUGCGGCCAGCAGAGUUAGAUACGACAGAAGAACUGGACGGAUCAUGAAAGCCUCCAGAAAAGAGAACGGCUACACGAGGGUCGGAAAACGCAGAAGCACCUUAAGCAGACCAACCACAGGCAAUCUGGUAUUCGUGGAACGCUCACCUGACUAUUGCGAACGAAGUAAAGAAGAUGAAACACUAGGAACCACUGGCCGAGAAUGCAAAACUGACAUCGAGGGUCAUGGCAGUUGUACCGAACUGUGCUGUAGACGAGGAUUCCGUCGAGAUGUGUCUAUUGUCCAGCAAAGGUGCCAGUGUAAGUUUGAAUGGUGCUGCUACGUCAAGUGCAAGACGUGCGACAGGGAACAGAUCAAAAACGUUUGCCUCUAAGUGUGACUAAUAUCUACCAAGCCAAUCCAAGACUUGUUUUAUCUCACAAGAGCAAGGAAGCGACUGUUUACGAACUGACAUUGAUGAGCAAUGCAAAGAUACAAUGUUUGUUUGCAUGGUUACGCCUGACAGAGAAAGUUGAACAUGCAACUUAGUGGAGUGAAACUUGACAUUUACGAGCAACGAGAAGGGAACACCCUGACGUCUGCUUUUCUGAGAAAAAGUUUCCUAUUUUACAUCCGCGACCGCUCGAUUCAUAAGUUCUAAGAAGUGAUACGGACGAUCUCUAUGAUUAACCUUUCUGUUUAUAUAUUACAUGGCCAGUGCGUGAGACAUAGCUAUAUAGACUAAAGCAAAAAUAUCUCUUUUACAAUACUGAUAUAAUGUUCGAGAAUUCUUAACUGGUACAUAACAUGUUGGAUUGUGUGGAAGGUAUUCUUUCAAGAUUUCAAAUAAGCUUGUCACCUAAUGUAUAAAGCUUCAAGAUAAACGUUUUUGAUAUAGUUUACGUUAAGUCUGUAAAAUAGAGAAUUUACCAUUUAUAAUAUAAAGACAUAUACCAACUGUCCAUGGACAUAUCUGUAAUUUUGAUACCAUUUACCUUAUACAAAUACUUAGCCUCAAAAUUACAGCAGAUCUCUGAAACUUUCACUUCAGUUCUUCUUACUGGAAAAGUUCAAGAAUAGGAACGUCAGUUAAACUGGCCAAACAUUUUAGGGUCGUUUAACCUCUUAGCAAUCCCGAAAAUAAGACGACUUUUUGUCAAAUCAGUUUUGAUAAAAAUGAGAAUAAAUGUGAACUUUAAAAAUUUUGAACUAAUGCGAAAGCGUGGUCUUCCACCCCUCACAUCAAUGCAUAAACAUAUUCUGGAGCUUUUUAGUGUAACGGUUUAAAAAUUGCGUUGUUUAUCGAAACUAAUAGCUGAAAAUUGUUGACUAAUGAGAUUUACCAGCCAGCGCGAAUAAAGGACUUCUCAUCGCUAGAGGCCGGUUUGGCCGCGAUCGAUAAGAGGCAGUUGUAUUACUAGUUUAUAAGUCCUUCUAAUGAAUCCACAGUCACACUGAUUUUGUUUCUAAGCCUUUUUGGAGCAAAACAUGUUUUGGUCGUGUAAACGGGACAGUAGACACUAAGAUUUCUUGUCGGCAGUAAAACCUUUGAAUGCCGGUCGCACCAGUUAAGUAAUACUCAGUCGCAGAAAUCUGAUCGCUGUAGAUAAAAGGGAAUAAUGGGAACUUUCAUGUUACUAAAUGUCAUAAUUAACAAUCAAUGUUUAUUCACACAGUCACACAGCAAUUUCUAAUCGUCUUUAGCUAAAUACAGCUUUACCAUGUUUCGGCAACGUCAGAACUGGUGAGACAAAUUCCUUUCAUCGAUGCAUGUCAAAGACAAACUUAUUACAUUGCACCAAAUGAGAUUUCAAAUUUCCAAAUGCAGCCCAAAGUUUCACUGCUUGCGGUUUAACCAGAUAGUAAACUAGAGUAAUGAUCGACUUUUUUCUUUUUUUUUUUUCGAAAUCCCACAAUGAAGUCAACGCCUGAACAGCUUUCGUUUGUCUUGUUUCUGCCUAAGAAAUCUCAUUAGGGAAACCUAGUCUAGGUGAAAUAUGUAAGUUAGUAACAAAAAAUAAUGAUGAUUAUUUUCCUCACGUGGUACCUGAUCGUUACGUUACGAUAAAAUAGAUGAUGUAAUCUUUCUGUAUCACGGCGGUUUCCCUGUGUGGACAUUGGUGCACAGUUUGGUGCUCGGUAUAACACUUGUUCUGUUUGCUCAGUCUCAGCAUGAUUGAUUAUUCUAUUUUUCUGCACAAUAUAACGUAGUUUAUGGAAGCAAAUACCCCUAGACCCCAUGAACCUGGCAAAUGACCAGUUCACCGCAAGUCUCCCUGUAUUUCAGUGGUUAGAGAAUGCAUCAGUCCAGCAUGUGGAAUUUCGUAGGUUGAAUGUCAGGGACUCAGAUGUUUCUUUGAGCAGUGAGCAGCAACCCUUACGUAUUCCUUUCAAUGGAUCUUUUUGGACCAUCUCACGCGCGACCGCCGUUCUCGUCUCUUCAGCCCUUAAAUCCUUUUAGAUAAAUUCAGAUCAUCUCCCUAAUUCUGCCACGACGAGAUGAAUGCUACAUGGGACGCGCGUCCUUUAUGGAACUUGAGCGGACGAACUCGAAUUGGCCAAUCGUAGUGCGCAAAGUCCUUGAAUAUUCCUUAUAAAAAGUUAUGAUUCAUGUGCCUUUGUCACGAGAUUGAGCCUUCGAAAAGGCUUCUCUUAUUCAUAGAAGUACAUGUUAGGAACACUCGAGAAGUGUCUCUACCCCGCAUAGCGUCCCUCGUGUGCCUCCGAGUCUCAUCUCCUCGGCUAAAAGAUUCCCGUCUGCUUAUGUAACUUAACAAUGCACUACUUAUUUAGCUUCUUACAGCGAGUUUCUCCGAAAUUGUUCCAA